GUUUUACCAUCCUACCACGGAUACCCACGCUCUUUGACGACAUGGACGGACACACCCCUCAAGCUAACACCCACCUUGAGUGGUCCAACGUCGGGCUCGGUUUCGCCUUCAUAGCUUUCAAUGCUUUUGUCUCGCACACACUCGACUUGGGCGUCGGUCGGUCUUUACUCGCCGCUGCCCUCAGAUGUAUCAUUCAACUUGCAGUUGUCGCCCUCAUCUUGCAAAAGGUGUUCGCUUCCAAUAAUUUGUGGGCGGUCGCGGGCAUUACUGUACUGUUGAACUUCAUGGGAACAUGUGAGACAGUUCUCAACAAAUGCAAGCGACGAUACGAACAUAUGUUUCUAUCUGUCUUCCUCAGCCUUAUGAUAUGCACCAUUCCCAUCUCGAUCAUCGGCGCACAUUUUGCUAUGGGCAUACGCCCCUUUUGGCGUCCAUUUGAAUACAUUCCAAUCGUCGGAAUGCUCUGUGGAAACACCUUAUCUGGAGUAUCCGUGUCUUUAACCUAUAUUCUAAAAGAACUCGAUGAAAAUCGUGACAAGACGGAGACGUACCUAGCAUUCGGAGCUUCGAGGCUAGAAGCAUGCAAACCGAUUGUGAAAGAGGCUCUCCGUUUAGCUCUUACGCCUACCAUAAACCAAAUGAGUGUACUCGGAAUAAUCGCCAUCCCAGGAAUGAUGACUGGGGCCAUUCUAGGCGGUUCCUCCGUCGAACAAGCCGCAAAACUCCAAAUGGUCAUCAUGUUCAUGAUUUCUUCAGCUUCCGCCCUCUCCUCUAUGAUGGUCACCAUUUUCGCUCUCAUGAUUGUCACCGACAGCGGACACCGGAUACGGAGCGAGAGAAUGUACAAUAUCUUGUUGGGCUGCGCGGUGUCGACAAAAGCAGAAGGGGAUAGCAGCGUCUUUAUUCCGUACGCAUGA